AUGGCCGAGGAACGGCAACCCGAAAACGUCCAAGAAGGCGCCGACGCGCCCGACGUCCUCCCGGCAUCCAAAGAAGACCGCAAAACCGCUGCAGCCCUGAGCAGCUUAGACGCCAACCCAUCCGAAGAUGCGAAACCCAAGAAAGAGGCAGAUCUGAAAGCGUUGAAUGAGGCCAUGAAGAACUUGGACAUGAAUGCCGCGAAGAAGCCCAACAACAACACUUCUGCCACUUCAACCACGGCCACUAAGAAGGAGGAGGCACCCAAGAAGCUCGUCAAGGUCGAUGCGGCGGACGUGGCGAUGCUGGCGGAUCAAUUGGAUAUGAGUAAGACAAAGGCUACGGAACUUCUCCGUGCGCACGAUGCAAACGCGUUGAAAGCGAUCAUGGCCUGGGUGACUGCGUCCAGCUGA